CUGAUAUUGAUAUAUGGUAAUUUUUUUACCGGAUCACAUGACACAAUUACCUCAAGAAUCGAUCAAGAUGAAUUGCACGUCAGCGUGCGUUUCCGAUUUUUUCUUCCUCGCGAGUCCUAUCCGCGCGCAUAUGGUGCAAUAGAUGGGCAAAGUUUAACAGUCAAGCAGACGUUUUUUUCCUCUCUAAGGCUAAAAGCGAGCGAUGACGGACUACGAUGAUCGCGGCAACUGUGCAUCUAAUAUGUAUUUACCGUACUACGUCUCAGCUCCCGAUUUUUCGUCGGUCUCGUCGUUUUUACCGCAAACUACAUCGUGUCAAGUCAAUUUCCCCUAUUCUUCCAACCUAGCGCAAGUCCAACCUGUUCGUGAAGUGACUUUCAGGGACUACGGACUGGAUCAUCCGAGCAAAUGGCAUUACAGGGGCAAUUACGCUUCGUACUAUUCAACGGAGGAGAUAAUGCACCGAGAUCUCCUGCAGUCGACGAACCGAGCGGAAAUGAUUUUUAAAAACGAUUCCGUUUACAGCCACCACGGCGGCACCAACUCCUCGUGCGGUUUCUUCACCAACGUCGGCCGGAACGGGGUGCUUCCGCAAGGGUUCGAUCAGUUCUUUGAGACCGUCAGCUCCGAGAAGCCCGUCCCCGAGCAGCCCAAACAAAAGCCAGACGCGGGUGUCCCCGGAGAUGCUGCGUGCGAUGUGUCCACGGAUAGCGCGGAGCAGACCAAACGAGACCCUACGGAGACCGCAGAGGAGGAAUCCUCGGUAUCAACCUGCGACGAAGAAAAGAACCACGACUCGAGUGCAGCAAAGUCCAGAAAAAAGAGAUGCCCCUACUCGAAAUACCAGAUCCGAGAACUUGAACGAGAAUUCUUUUUCAACGUGUACAUAAACAAAGAGAAGCGUCUGCAUUUGUCGAGAAUGCUCAGUCUCACAGACCGACAAGUGAAGAUCUGGUUCCAGAACCGGAGGAUGAAAGAGAAAAAGCUGAAUCGAGAUCGGCUCCAGUAUUUCACCGGAAACCCGUUGUUCUGAGAGCCACGGUAUUGGCCGAGACGAUGAAACCAUGGCUAUUCGGUCGUGUCGUGAUUGCGGGACAUCAUCCAUUCGUCGGACACCUGGGUUAUUUUCACGUCGACUCUAUGCAAAACACUUGCUAUCAAAAAUGUAUGUGAUCCUCGAAAUUCUGCACAAAUGAUCUACGACAGCGUAAUCGCGAUGAUGGAAAUUCCGAGCUCUCAGGAGCAUAUAGGUACCUCGACAAUCUCUCCAUACCCUUGCGUUGACGCCCCUGAGACGCGGUAGCUUUGUAUUUGUAUUUAUUUAUUGUGUUUUGCACCGUUCCGUUGAAAUCAGUUCGAGCGGGCGAUGCGUUCGGUUACAACAAAUCAGUACGUACUUACGUUGAGGUAGAGCUGUGUAUGCAUUUAUUCGUUUGAAGCAUGUAAUGUAUCUAUGUAUUAAACCAAUAAAAAUUACGCCAGAUUUCUAUCUGCUGCUGUGACGC